AUUUAGUUCAAGAAGACUGAAAGAUCGGGGGUUUAUUUCCGUACUACCUGCCUCAUGGCAACCCGUUUUAAAGCCACAACCCCCGAAGUGCGCCAGUGAGGAGGGGGGGAAGAGAACCUGGCAACACGACCGCACUGUGCGCCGUCUGCCUCUGGAAUAACACGUUAUUACAUCGAUGUCAGGGUUGCAACUCCACAGAGCAACAUUAAGAAGACAUGGGAUGGGCCACUGGCAUUAAGACGAAGCCUCCUCCACAUAAUUUCAUUUCAUGGCUUUAAACUCUGACGCACAGAGCAGCAGCUUGAUUCGAACGAAGGCAGAGCCGGACAUCAUCUGGAUGUAUGAUGCAUUUCGCCUCACCGUAGAUUUAUUUGCAAGCAACAAGAGCAGAGCAGCCAUUAUCCUUCAGUGCAGCAUCUGAAUGUAAAUAUGGACACAUUCAAUGGAGGCAUUUUGACUCAACAUGUCCAGGAACUAUGAGCCUGGUCACUCAGUAGGGAUGUUGGCUGCCGUGGAACAUGGUCCCAUCCUCUGCAGCGACUCCAACAUCCUCUGCCUCUCGUGGAAGGGCCGCGUCCCCAAGAGCGAGAAGGACAAGCCGGUGUGCCGGAGGCGGUACUAUGAGGAGGGCUGGCUCGCCACGGGGAACGGGAGAGGUGUCGUUGGGGUGACGUUUACAUCGAGUCACUGCAGGAGGGACAGAAGCACACCUCAGAGAAUCAACUUCAACCUGCGAGGACACAACAGCGAGGUUGUCUUGGUGCGUUGGAAUGAACCCUUUCAGAAGCUGGCCACCUGUGAUAUGGAGGGAGGUAUAUUUGUGUGGAUCCAGUACGAAGGCAGAUGGUCUGUGGAGCUGGUGAACGACAGAGGAGCGCAGGUGAGUGACUUCACUUGGUCACAUGACGGCACUCAAGCCCUCAUCGCGUACAGGGACGGCUUUGUGUUAGUCGGCUCAGUAAGUGGACAAAGACACUGGUCCUCGGAGAUUAACCUGGAGAGUCAAAUCACCUGUGGCAUCUGGACACCAGAUGACCAGCAGGUGUUGUUCGGUACAGCAGACGGUCAGGUGAUCGUGAUGGACUGUCACGGUCGUAUGCUCGCCCAUGUACUGCUGCAUGAGUCUGAUGGCAUCGUGAGCAUGUCCUGGAACUGCCCUGACUUCCUGGUGGAGGACAGCACAGAGAGUGACACAGACUCCGAUGACAAUGUUCUGCCUUUAGUGCGUAGAGUGAAGCCUUUGUUGACGGUCACCUUCUUAUCAGGAGAUAUCAGUUUAAUGAACAACUAUGACGACCUCUCUCCAGGUGUUAUUCGCUCAGGGCUGAAAGAUGUUGAGGCCAAAUGGUGCUCCCAGGGAGAUCUGCUGGCUGUGGCCGGCAUGGAGAGACACGGGCUUCCUGCCGACGCUGCAUGUGCGUCCAUUAUGAGAAACGCCCUGGUUAAGUUCUAUAACGUCCAAGGGGAACACAUCUACACUUUGGAAACACCUGCACAGAGGCCCAUCACCACCAUCUGCUGGGGUCACAGAGACUCUCGUCUGUUCCUUGCAUGUGGACCAGCGUUGUAUGUGGUUCGCGUGGAGCACAGGGUGGCCAGCCUCCAGCUCUUAUGCCAGCAGGGCAUCGCCAGCGCCCUGCGAGAGGAGAAAGACGUGGGAAAACUUAACAUGCCCUCACUGCUCUGCUCCUAUGUCACCACUGCUUUCAUACCCACCAUCAAGCCCCCAAUCCCUGACCCCAACAACAUCCGUGACUUUGUCAGUUAUCCCACAGCUGGGAAUGAGCGCCUCCACUGCACCAUGAAGCGAGCCGAGGACAGUCCUGAGGCAGGCGGACCCUGCUACACUCUCUACCUGGAAUAUUUAGGGGGGCUGGUGCCUAUUCUCAAGGGAAGACGUAUCAGCAAACUGCGGCCUGAGUUUGUCAUCAUGGAUCCUAAAACAGACAGCAAAGCAGAGGAAGUGUGCGUGAAUCCCAUGAUCUCAUACACCGACAGCUGUAACUGCUCUGACUCCAGUGACAUUGAGUUGAGCGACGAGUGGGUCGGGAAGAAGUCACCAAAGUUAUCCCGAGGAAACAGGAUGAACAUGGAAUCAAGGAAGUCUCCCAAACUUUCACGUGCCAAUCAAGAAUGCCAACGGUCACCACGGUUACCAACAAAGAAACCUCCAGUUCGAUCUCCCAGCCUGACACGCCGGGAGUUUUCCAUGGAUGGGAUCACAGAGCACAACUACCUCGCUCAAGUCACAUCCAAUAUUUGGGGGACAAAGUUCAAAAUUGUUGGACUUGCUUCGUUCCUCCCAGCCAACCUUGGUGCAGUCAUCUAUAAGACCAGUUUACUUCAUUUGCAACCGAGACAGAUGACAAUCUACCUGCCAGAGGUGCGAAAGAUUUCUCAUGACUUUAUGAGCCUGCCUGUGUUCAACCCCAAUGUGUUCAGUGAGGACGAGGAUGAUUUACCAGUGAUGGGGCCAUCCGGAGUGGCAGGAGACAAUCCCCCCUGUACGGUCAACAUUCCCAUUGCUCCCAUCCACAGUCCGGCUCAGGCCAUGUCCCCGACGCAGAGUAUCGGCCUGGUUCAGUCUCUUCUGGCCAAUCAAAAUAUUCAGUUGGACGUCCUGACCAACCCCACGGCCACUGCGGCGGCAGCAGCGGCAGCUACUGUCCCGGUCACUGAUCAGGAUGCCGUUGCAUCACCGUACCCACCAGUGCCAACUAGAUACUCAAACCCAGGUCAGGUGAUCUUCAACCAGCUGGAGAUGGGUCAGCUCCUUCCUGGUACUCUACCACCACCACCUCCACCUCACCAUCUCCCGCCACAGCCUCACUUGCAGCGGUCUCAUUCACAGCAGCCUCGCCAACAACAGUCGAAACAGUCACAACAAAUGCAGACGCAGCAGCAGCAGCAGCAACAGCAGCAGCAACAGCAACAGCAACAGCAACAGCAGCAGCAGAAAAUGUAUAACCAUCAUCAACAACAGCAGCAGCAGCAUCACCAUCAGGCACUGGCACUGUCACAACAGCAGCAGCAGCAACAACAGCAGCAGCAGCAGCAACAUCAACAACAGCUUCAGCAACUGCACCAUCAGCAGGCGCUGCUUCAGCAGCAGCUCCAGGCUCAGCAACACCAACAGAUGCAACAGAGUCAACAGCAAGUGUCAAGCCACCAACUGCAGCACCAACAGCAAAUCCAACAGCAGCAGCAGCAGAUGCAGCUGCAGCACGAGCAAAUGCAGCAACAGCAGCAGCAGAUGCAGCAGCAGCAGCAGCAGAUCCGACAACAGAUCCAGGAGAUGAGGCAGCAGCAGCAGCAGCUCCAGCAGCAGCACCAACAGAUCCAGCAGCAACACCAACAGAUGCAGAGGCAGCACCAGCAAAUGCAGCAGCAGCUGAAGAUGCAGAUGACGCUGCCUCCGCCUCCAACUGGCUAUCCGACCAUUUCCUUACAGCAGAUUCAUCUUCUGCCUCAAAUUCUUCCUCCUUCCGCCGAGGGUUUAGAUCGGAGCGAGCACGUACACACUCUGAGGCCAAGUCUGCUGCGGAGUUUGCCUCCUACCUUCAGUGACACAGAUGGUUCUGUGGAGAUUCACAUGAGGAAAGUGAAUCCUCCUCCUCCAUAUCCUGGCACUGUAGCAAGUGCAGCUGCAGCUGCAGCUACAGCCGCUGCUACACCUCAGACUAUUGUCACAAAUUGUGACAGCCCCAGUGUCCUGGCACCCGACCCCUGUCUGAAGAAAGAUGACUACUUGCUUCGCCCCAUCACCUUACAGUACCCAACGCCUCUGGGAUAUGAAAGGAUCACAACCUUUGACAGCAGUGGCAAUGUGGAGGAGGUUUGUCGGCCACGAAGGCGCCUCAUUCGAAACCAGAAUGCGUACACUAUGCAUGGCAUCGGAGGUUCUGCCACUCUUAAAGUGACCUCCUCUGAGAAUAAAAAAAUUCAGCUUCCGUAUAGCUCCGCCACAUUAAGUCGUCUCUCUGUCCCUCGGUACUCAAUUCCAAGUGGAGACCCUCCUCCUUACCCAGAUCCGGCCAACCAAGUGACUGCCACACUUCCUCCUCCUCAGAGAAUUGACAACAGUCUUAUUCACGCCACUCUGCGUCGUGACCGCAGGGACGUGGGACUUAAAGUGCCACAGAUGAUGGAAAGCUCAAGAACCCUUCCCACGAAGGCUAAAAUGAACAGUGCAUUAGCUCUCUCCUACCAGCAGAGGGUGCCCACUGCACUAUAUACGUGCACACAGUGCAGCAGCAACAGCAGCAGCACUAGUGUCAGUGUUAGUGGAGGUGGAACCACAAGUAGUGGAAUUGCAGGUGGUACGGUAGUGAGGCAGGACUUCCCACCAGGAAAAGUUGCACAUCACAGCACAAUUAUUGUGCACUCUAAAAGCACCUCACCUCUGGCCUCCCAUUCGUCUUACAGUCUGCUGGGUGCUGUUGACAACAGCCGGGACAGAACAGUGUACGUUAACUCUGCAUUUACUGAAGACGAGACUCUAAAUCAGCAGUGUCACCUCGAAAAAUCUGUGCGUCAGCUGACUCUCGGGGAUGUCAGUUUGACGGUUAAACGUCCUCCGCCUUACCAGUGGGACACCUCCACUACGGAGGAGUUUUGGCUCACCCCAGAGCCAACCAUGUUAGCGCCGCCACCAGGACCUAAUAAACCACCUCCACUCAUCAUAAGUCAGGCUCAGCACUUGGACGUGACCCGCCUUCCAAUUUUCCUCACAACGAAACCACCAGCCAGUCCGAGCACAAGCACCCUUACUUUCCCAUCAGGUUACCAGAUUUCCCUGUCACCCUUCCCUCCAGGUGUGGGUCACAGUGCUCCACCACUUCAGACCUUACAGAACCCUCCACCAAACGAAGUGGUCACUCCUGUCCCUUUUGCUCAGCAGGAUGCCAGUUUGGUUUUGCCACCAGGUUACCCUCCGAAUCUUGCUAACCUUGCUUGCUGCCCUUUACCUCCAAUGUAUCCGGGAGCCAGUUCGUGUUCCGGACUCCAGCUGCAUCCUGUCAGCCUUCACCCUUGGAACCCCUACCCCUGCCCACCACCCUUGCAAGACCCACCAGCACCUCCCCUCCCCACCAAAAACCACCAGAUUUUAGAGAAGCCAAUUCUCUCCCCACCUCCCCCAACUGGACCUCCUCCACCACCCCCUUUGCCACCACCUCCUCCACCUACUGAGCUACCCCCAUGCAAAAGUGCCACAGACGAUUUAACAGAGUCUGCAAACAACUUUGCAGAGCCAUCGUCUCUAAAUGAAAGCCCUUUGCCACAGGAGUCAGAGCGUUUCAACAAGAAGAGCCGUAAAAGGUUGGACAGCAGAGCCGAGGAGUCCACCCUCUCUGAGGGCAAGUCCAGAAAGGAGGGACGAGCACUCUCUGACUUUAACACACUCAUUUCCAGCCCAAGGCUUGGCAGCAGAGAGAAGAAGAAGCCCAAGGGUCAGAGAGAGCAACUCAACAAAACCAAGAAGAUGAGCAGGACCACAAAUGAGUUCCAGGAUAGUUCUGAAAGCGAGCCUGAGCUGUUCAUUAGUGGCGAUGAGCUCAUGAACCAGAACCAGAGUAGUAAGAAGAGCUGGAAGAACAAGCGCAGCCUGCGAAUGGCGAGUGAGCUGGAGGAGAUCAAAUGCCGCAAGGCGAAUGAAAGGGAGGACCGCAGUUUGGGCAGCCAAGGAUUUGUCUAUGUCAUGGCCAACAAACAACCUCUGUGGAACGAGGCCACACAGGUUUACCAGCUGGACUUCGGAGGACGAGUCACACAGGAGUCUGCAAAGAACUUUCAGAUAGAGUUGGAUGGUAGACAGGUGAUGCAGUUUGGGCGGAUUGAUGGGAAUGCCUAUAUCUUGGAUUUCCAGUAUCCUUUCUCAGCAGUUCAGGCAUUUGCUGUUGCCUUGGCCAAUGUGACUCAAAGGCUGAAAUGAAAAUAUAAUUUUGUGUUGUUGGCAAACUCAUUCAAAAGAAAGCCACAGUUGUUGCUGAUGUACAAUCCUCAGUGUGGCGCUGUUGGUGGGGAAACAUGUGUUGUGGCUUCAGAGGAACAGAUGAACAUACAGUUGGUUUCGCACAUUGCAGAUAAUUUACAGCCGUCUGUUGACGUCAUCACUGAUGGAAACUGAAUCUUUCAUUUCUAGUUGAAUCAUAUAUUGAAUGUAUUCUAACUAAUUUGAUUAAUUUCAAAUGUUAUUUAUUGUAAUAAAGAAUAAUAUUCAACAAUCAUUAGGUAAAGUACAUGUUGACAAUUAUUUUAAAGCAACCUCCAGGAGUUAAGGCCACCAAAGACACUCCCCCCCCUUUUUAAAAAAAAUAAAAAUACCGACGAAUCAAGCUAACUUGGUGUAUUAAAAAUUAAUAACUGUUUAACAUACAUAUGUGUUGUUUAUAGAUAAAAAAAAGACUGCAAGUAUUUUCAUGUGCAGUGAAAAGUUUGCAAAUAAAUUUUUACAAAGCCAUACCAUAUCUGUUACAAACACUGCACUAUUUUAAUUACAUUUAGAGGAAUUCAGUGAACUAAUUAAAGAGUUUUAUUAUAUGUAUUAAACAUGGCAUUUGAAUAACUUUUUUUUUUUCUUCACUGAACAGGCAGUAGACAAAUAUAUUAAUUGAAUAUGUUGUUUUUUUUUUUUAAGUGCAGCUAUGCAACUGUACUCAGUUAAUUAUGGAUAACUGAGUACCGUUAACCAUAGUGUGUAUGUUUUCUAUCCAUGUUACUUCUAUGAAGUGUUACAAUGGACAAGAUAAAUCACAUUCUUUUGGUCACAGUACUGCAAGUCAUUAUUUCCAGCCAUAACGCAGUAAUCUGAGUGGGUUCAUUUAUAUAAUAUUAAUUAAAAAUUAAUAUUCAAUUUGUUUAUUCUCCCUUCCCUUUAAAAAUUACUCAAAUUGUCAGUAGGGGUCUUUAAGUCUAUGUGUGCCAAAUACAGCCAAAUGUACAGUACAGUACCAAACAAAUCUCAACCUCAAACAGAAUAAUUUACUGACUGUAAAAAUUGAAAUCCAAUUGAUUUGUCUCGCGUGGCUGGCUCUGUGUUGUUUUCAUGGGGUGUGAAAAUUGCAUUUGAAUGUGAAGUACAGUAGUUUGCCUCUUUGAAAUCAGUGCUGCUUUAUAUAGAACUUAUGUGCAGUAAUGCUACUUAUAGAACCGAUGUACUUGCAAAAGAAAAUGUUAACGCUGCUUGCACUGUGUAUUUAAUUAACAUCACUAUAUGCGUAACAGCAGAAGUGUGCUUCGAUGUUGCUAAUUUCAGUAAUUUUGUACGUCACCUGUACUUUAACACGUUAUCAGUUUUUUGAUGUUACACUUGUUGAUAAAAGAAUGAACCGGCAAAGGUGUCAAAUACCGCAUUAUUCACACAUUGAGAAGAUAAGAUUAAUGUAGCUUUGGUGCUAAUGUACAAAGAAACAAAUAUGGGGAUAUCAGGACAUUUGUCAUUUUAUGUGAAGGUUAUUUUCAAGAGAGUAAUUUAAGAGAGCGUACGGGAAAUUUAGUGCAUAGAGCUUUUCAUCCAACGCAGCUUCAGAGAUGUCAGCAACAGUGUGUGUCAGUUUAACAGCAAUACUGCCGAAGGAAGAGUUGGUUGCCUGAUUUUAUUUCUCUUAUUUUGUGAAAGAAAUUAAAAUGGUAUCACCAUGUAUCACCAUGGGCUGAACAAAGUCUAAUAAAAAAAAAAAAAAAAUUAUUGUUCAAAAUGUUUGGGUUAUGUUUUUAUUUCCUGUUUGAUUCCUUUAUGCUCUGAUGCAAUGUUAAUGGUUUUUGAAGCUCAAACCGCAGACUUUUUCCUUCUGUCACUUUGUUGCACAAUAGUGGGUUUUACA